AUGGUAGAUGAGAGUGCGCGAUCUGUCACACUGGAGGGCUUCCCUCUGGCGAUGACCACCAUUAUCCUAGUAUCCGUCGUUCUGGCCACAAUCACAGUUGCUCUGCGAGCGAUAGUCCGGAUGAAAGAUGGUACCUUUGGACUUGACGACUGGCUGAUUGUAGGAGCUGUGGUAAUUUACAUCGCUGAUACAGGUCUCGCCGUACAUGCAGUCUCAGUCGGAAUAGGUUCGAAAGACGAAAAUCUCAAUCCGUAUUUGCAAGCCGAGUCGCAAAAGUUUUACAUCAUUUGGAUCACCGUCUACGUCGUCGCUGUCGCUCUCAUUAAAACCUCCGUCUGCGUAACGCUUAGAAGAAUUGCUGCGAAGGCCGUACCGAUAUUGCAAUACUCCAUUUGGGUGCUCUUUGCAUUAACCUGGGCAUCAUUCUGCGUAACGUUCUUCGGCAUCUUAACGUUCUGUCGACCUGUUGAAGCCAAUUGGAAUACGUAUCUGGUGUUGGAAGGAAAGGCUACUUGUGCGAGUACCGAAACCUUGAUUGGAAUCAGCCAUACCAAUACAGCCACGAGUAUCGUCACCGAUGUUGGCUGCGUCGUGUUGCCUGGAAUACUGCUAUGGAAAACGCAGAUGCCAUUCAAAGCAAAACUGCAAGUCCUUGGACUCCUUUCUCUAGCCUCUGUGUAA